UGUAUACGUGGGAGGUGUAAGAACUUUCAUAAGAUUCGAUUUUGAAAUUAAGGUUCUCUGGCUCAAAAAUAAGGUUCUCUCUCCCCCUUUUGUGCAGCCACCAACCACAACAACACCACUCUCAUCUCCUCUCUCUUUCUCCUUUCCGAGAAAGAUCCAGCCACCAAGGAAUGCACAAGUUCCAGACGGCCAUUGCAGAUCCCAGACCGAGCAUUUGUAUCAUAUCCUGUUUUGUCUUAUGGCAUCGAUGAACGCCUGAAGUUCAUCAUUUGUUAAGGGACUGGAUCCUUCUGGACAUUAUGCAUGUCUGGCCCUGUGGCCCUUGAUGAUGUGAGUGGAGCACUUUCUUGUCCCGAAACAGCUAGAUACUCUCAGGAUGCUAGGUGCUUCAGUGACAAAGAAAACUCGCUCACAUUGGCUAACGGGCAACUUGCUCACUUACCUACGGAAACCACUGGCUUUAGAGUUGGGACACUUUUACUUCCCAAUGGGGAAUCAUAUUCCGGGACAUUAUUGGGUAACAUGCCAGAAGGCUCGGGGAGGUACGUAUGGUCAGAUGGUUGCAUCUAUGAGGGUGAGUGGAGAAGAGGGAUGAGACAUGGCAUUGGCAAGAUUACAUGGCUUUCCGGAGCUGUUUAUGAGGGUGAAUUUUCAGGUGGGUAUAUCAGUGGUGCUGGCACUUAUAUUGGGGCCAAUAAUGUGAUUUACAAGGGACGGUGGCGGUUGAACGUCAAACAUGGGUUGGGAUGCCAGACCUAUGCUAACGGAGACGUCUUUGAAGGUUCUUGGAUUCAGGGAGUGAUAGAAGGGCACGGCAAGUAUGUAUGGGCCAAUGGGAAUGUGUAUGCUGGUGACAUGAAAGGAGGAAAAAUGUCUGGAAAAGGGACUCUUACUUGGACAAAUGGGGACUCUUUCGAAGGAAGCUGGUUGAAUGGGUUGAUGCAUGGGUUUGGAGUGUAUACAUGGGAUGAUGGUGGCUGUUAUGUUGGGACUUGGACCCGAGGCCUGAAGGAUGGGAAAGGAGCCUUUUAUCCAAAUGGAGACAGGCUUCCUGCUGUGCAGGAGCUUUAUCUCAAUGCUUUGAGAAAGCGGGGAUUGCUACCAGACUUGAGAAAACAGAACCAUAGGUCGCACAUCCGCCAUUGCUCUUCAAUGGACAUGGGGAAUGUCAAGGUCCACGAGGCCCAUGGAUCGAGUCGAGUCUCAUCUAAUAAGCUCCCAAAAGGCAACCUGAUCAAUCUGGAGCAAUCUCGCAACAGAAACGUCUCUUUGGAAAGACGCUGGAGUCUCGAGGUAGCUAUUGAAAAGGUGAUUGCACGUGAUUCGUCACUGAAUUCCGGAGAAUCUAUCCUGGAAGGUGAUGAAAAGGGGGCCAGCACGAAUGCUCCGAUUCUGGAACGUGAGUACAUGCAAGGUGUACUGAUCAGUGAGCUCGUAAUAAACAACAGUUUUUCAUCUUUGUCAAGAAGGGCGAGAAAGCGACAGAGGAAACUUGUGAAGGAUAUAAAAAGGCCAGGUGAAGCAAUCAUCAAAGGUCACAGAAGCUAUGACCUAAUGCUCAGCUUGCAGCUCGGAAUCAGAUAUACUGUGGGUAAAAUUACACCAAUACAGAGACGUGAAGUCCGUUCAUCAGACUUUGGCCCCCGAGCAAGCUUUUGGAUGAAUUUUCCGAAAGAAGGUUCCCAAUUGACGCCUCCUCACCAGUCUGAAGAUUUCAAGUGGAAAGACUAUUGUCCCAUGGUUUUCAGAAACUUGCGAGAGAUGUUUAAGAUUGAUGCAGCAGAUUACAUGAUAUCUAUUUGUGGAAAUGAUGCACUUAGGGAGCUUUCUUCCCCUGGGAAGAGUGGUAGUGUCUUUUUUCUGUCUCAAGAUGACCGGUUCAUGAUUAAGACUCUUCGAAAAUCAGAAGUACAGGUUCUUUUGAGGAUGCUUCCAAACUAUCACCAUCAUGUCCGCACAUAUGACAACACACUUGUUACAAAAUUUUUUGGUCUUCACAGGAUCAAACCUUCAAGUGGUCAGAAGUUUCGGUUUGUAGUAAUGGGCAACAUGUUUUGUACUGAAUUGAGGAUACAUAGAAGAUUUGAUUUGAAAGGAUCAUCGCUGGGGCGUUCUACUGACAAGGUUGAAAUCGAUGAGAACACUACACUUAAAGAUUUGGAUCUAAACUACUGCUUUUAUUUGGAACCUUCUUGGCGAGAGGCUCUUCUGACGCAGAUUGAGAUUGAUAGUAGAUUUUUGGAAUCACAACGGAUAAUGGAUUACAGCCUCUUGUUGGGUGUGCAUUAUCGAGCACCCCAACAUCUAUGUUCUGUCGUAUCUUUCCGUCAAAAUAUGACUACUGAUGGAUUGGCAAUUGUCACAGAAGAUGCUCAAGAAGAGGAAAUUUCCAACUACCCACAGGGACUCGUUCUGGUUCCUCGUGGAACUGAUGAGAAUAGUGUUGUCGUUGGCCCUCAUAUUAGAGGUAGCAGGCUGCGAUCAUCUGCCUGUGAUGAGGAAGUGGAUUUAUUACUUCCAGGCACGGCAAGGCUUCAGAUCCAGCUGGGGGUGAACAUGCCAGCAAGGGCAGAGCAUAUUCCGAAAGAAGACAAGACGGAGAUAUUUCAUGAGGUAAACGACGUUGUUCUCUACGUGGGGAUUAUCGACAUCUUGCAAGAGUACAACAUGACCAAGAAGAUUGAGCACGCCUACAAAUCCCUUCAGUUUGAUUCACUGUCCAUCUCUGCUGUCGAUCCCAUGCUCUACUCCCGUCGCUUCUUGGAAUUCAUUCAAAAGGUGUUCCCGCCGAAUCCUUAGAAAGUUAAAAUGACAACCCCGACCUUUUCGGUAUAGUAUAUCAUCCGUGCACGUGUGCUGCAGCCAUUCAAUCUUCCCAAGUAGGCCAUUGAAAUCAUCGAGGAUUUCGAUGGGAAGAUGGAAUAUAAGCUGUGUGGGGUUUUGCUAUGUACAUGAUUCGGAAUAGCUUUCAUCUGUUCAUAUGAUGCUCUGAGGUUAAAAGGACAUGUUACACUGUUUGUAUCA